UUAGCUGAGACGAAUUAAAAAUUGACCGUAACACGAGGAGCUCAUUUUGACGAAGCGUUUCAGUAAUGCGUCGGAACAGAGGCUGUUAAAGCGUAAAAUUCGCACCGAUAUAUAGAACAAUGUGGAAAACAUUUCUCUUGGGGGCGAUUUUACUUUGCUGUUAUCCAGUCAUUGAGAGCAACCCAAAGCAGAGUGGCUCUAAUGGCUGCCCCAGAACAAAUAACGUGCGAUUCUGUGGCAAGACUUGCUUGACUGACGGAGAUUGCAAAGGAAAUAGAAAAUGUUUAUGUGACGGAGACUGUGGAAUGAUUUGCGUUAAAAACAACCUCAGAUGUGAAAACUUACCUAAGGUAAAAAACGGGCGUUCCAGCUUCAGCAACGCCAGCUACUUUCGCAGCGUGGUGACAUAUAAGUGUAAGAAACCGUAUAAACUCCGCGGCUCAGAAACACGAACUUGUAGAGCUACAGGAAAAUGGGAUGGAGGAAAAACGAGAUGCAAACCCUUUUGUCAGGAUCCAGGGGAAAUCCGUUAUGGAAACAGACGAACUGUACGUAAUAAGGGUGUGAAGUAUAUUCAUUUCUGGUGUCAUGAUGAAGAUAUGUAUAAAAUGGUUGGAACUCCUCGAAUACGGUGCCAGGAAAACGGACAAUGGAGUGCUCCAAAGCCAAAAUGCAUCCUUCCCUCAUGUGACAAGCCAAACAUUCCAGACGAAGCCGCUGUUAUCUUUCCACGGUCAAUGGAUAAGGAAUUCAAGUACGGCGACAAAGUGGUAUUGAAAUGCAAGGAAGGAUACUUUAAGUCAGGACUUGGUGUUUACCAAUGUAAGAAAGGCAACAUAUGGAGUGGAAGCAUCACUUGCUCACCUAAAAGCUGUGGCCGCCCAAACGAUAUCCCUAACGGAAAGAUCAUAGGAUACGUAUAUUCCUUCAAAGAAAAGAUCAGAUACGAGUGCAAUGAAGGCUACAAUCUUAAAGGACCAUCUUAUAGAACAUGCCAGGCUAACGAGAAAUGGGGAGAUAAAGACCCUAUUUGUGAAGUUGCGGAUUGUGGCCCCUUACGAAAGCCAGAUCAUGGAGAUAUAAUAGAGCAAGUGGCGUUUACCUAUGGAAAUAGAAUAGUGUUCGAAUGCACAGAUACGGGUUACGAGAUGAAAGGAUCAAGAGUAAGGACAUGCCAAAGUGAUGGAACAUGGAGUGGCUCUCCUACAACAUGCGAAAUUGUUCAGUGCGGAGAUCCUGGGACACCCACGAACGGAAAACAAAUUGUAAAGAAAGGUUUCGAAUAUGGUGGAUCUGUGGAAUUUAAAUGCAACAAAAAUUACACUCUGGAAGGGACGCGCAUAAUCUACUGCCGAGCGAAUAAACUAUGGAGUGCUUCUGUACCGCAUUGUCGAGCUUCCUGCAAAGAUCCUGGCAAUCCUUUGAAUGGGAGAAAGGUUGGCCAUGACUUCCGUCACAAAAAAACAGUGUCUUUUACCUGUCAAAAAAAUUACGCGUUAGAGGGAGCGCGAACGGUUAAAUGUUUAAACGGCCAGUGGAGUGCUAAGAGGCCACUUUGCCUUGCACUUUGUCCUACGCCCACUGCACCAACGAAUGGCAGAAUACAGGGCAAAGACUUCAGACAUGGGCGGUCUAUAAAGUUUUGGUGUUCCCGUGGUUACACAAGAGUUGGUGCUUUUUCGGUCACAUGCAAGGAAGGAAAAUGGGGCGCACCGUUUCCAGUGUGUAAAGCAUCAUGUGGUAGGCCCAGCAUACCUGCGAAUGGCAGAAUAGUGGGAAAUAUCUUCAGUCAUGGAAAAUCUGUAUUGUUUUACUGUUUGUUUGGCUAUACAAGAGUUGGCGCCGGUUCGAUUAAAUGCGAUGAUGGCAAAUGGGAUAAGCCGUUUCCAGUCUGCAAAGGCAUCUGCCCAACGCCGAGCGAUCCACGAAACGGAAAAUUGGGUCAGAAGGUAUCCCUUGACAAACGUUUCCUUGACGGAGAUGAAGCAACAUUCUCCUGCAACAGCGGGUAUGACUUGAUUGGUAAAAAGAGACUUCGCUGUGUUGGAAGAGUAUGGGAUUUUGGAGAGCCUGAAUGUAAAGCUCCAUGCAAUCCCCCAGGAUUCCCAGCAAAUGGCAAUGGGCAAUGGAGGGACCUUAAACACAACUCGUGGGUAACAUUUUCUUGUAAUAAAAAAUAUCAGCUUGAGGGAAGAAGACAAAUACAAUGUAAAGAUGGCAGUUGGAGUGGUAACCGUCCUAAAUGUGUCGCCGUGUGUCCAGAUCCUGGUGAGCCAUUGAGAGGCAAACGACAUGGCAACAAUUUUAGGAAUGGUAGCAUAAUAACUUUUACGUGCAACUCAGACCACGAGUUAAUAGGAGACAACACUACACGGUGUGAGGACGGCGUUUGGAGCGGUAGCGUCCCUCUCUGUAAAGGAAAAUGCAAAUUCGAAGGCAGUCCCAAAAAUGGAUACACACCAAACGGAAUCUUCCCGAACGGAAAACUCUUUUCACAUGGUAGCAACAUCGAGUACGCUUGUUAUGCAACGUACACUAUGGAUGGCACUAACAUUCUGCAUUGCAACGAUGGCUUUUGGAACGCUAGCAUUCCCUCGUGCAAGGCCCCAUGUACUGACCCUGGGUUAAUAGACAGAGGAAAACGAAAUGGCACAGAUUUUUCUCACGGACAGGUGGUCACGUAUGAAUGUUCUACUAAAAACUACAGUUUGGUUGGAAAUCCUCGUCGGACAUGUAACGAUGGAGUCUGGGAUUCAGCUCUUCCAGUUUGCAAAAAGUCUUGUAAACCCCUUCCACUGUUAUCUAAUGGAAAAAUCCAUAACAAUGGUGUCAGUCAUGGGGCCGUGGUCUCUUUCUCCUGUAAUUCAGGAUUCCAGCCCCAAGGGUCCUUGCAGAUGAAGUGCCUCGAUGGGAUAUGGAAUGAAAGUUCACCGAGUUGCAUAGGCGCAUGUGCUAAGCCGGGAAAAAUCCUUAACGGGACAGUUGUCGGAAGCAAUUACAGCUACGGUUCUGUGAUCAAGUUCAAAUGCAAUAAAGGCUACAAGUUAAGAGGUUCAGCCAAGUUAAAGUGCAAAAGGGGUGUAUGGGAGAGUCAAUUUCCAGAGUGUGAAGAAUGUGUCCGGGUUGGAGCAGUGUUUUGGGGAUUUUGGAAACCGAAUCUAAACGCAGACAAUUACUGGAAAGCUUCCAUCACAAGGAUAAAUGCAACACAUUUCGACUUCGCAUUGGUAAACAAUAACAAACAGACGCGUAGUUACCGAAGGACUGAUCAAAAGCUCAUUAUCGAUAAAGUACCAUCCAUAGGGAACUUAUUGCCUAACUCGCCCGUUAUAGCCCAUCAGUUUGGCCACUCAGGGUGGUAUCGAACUGGAUAUGUGGUAUCGAAAGUUACUGGUACUUCAGGUAACUCUUUGGUGGAAGUGCAGUUUGACGAUGGUAAAAAAAAAUGGGUUAAGCUUGGACGUGUACGUUUAGUUUCAUACCCUGACUUUUGUUCUAAUGUUGAGUAAAACACAAAAUAUAACGGACUGCUUUAAUUUGAGAAUAACUCAUUUACGGUUGCCUGCUUGGAAAAGAAAAUUACCUACAGCCAUGUAGCUUGUUGUUAGUGUUUCGAGACAAGUUACUCAACCCUCUUUUCUGAAACUUCCUGUAAAAUUAAGUGUGAAGCAGAUUAGCAUUGGGAGUGCAAUCAGGUGACAUCCCCCUUUCAGAUAUGAUAGAAACCAAGUUUAGCAUUUUUGUUUGUUCUUGUUUUUGUUUUUUGCACGGCCCCAGCCUUAGAUUGUGUCACAGGUAAUAAACAUACUUCUCCUGAGGUCUCUACGCCUGAGUAAAUUCAGAGUAGUGUACAGUCUGUAGUCGAAAAUAAAGUAAAUUAAAGAUAAUCAACCUCAAAGUAACAAAAUUGAUUGAACGACGUGAAUAAACUCGAGAAAAAUUGA